UCCAACAUUACGAUAAAGUACUUCGAUAACUUCGAGACGAGUGUAUUCAUGUACCUAUAGUUGGUUGUGUACCUUACCUACUACAUACCUAGUCGAUGGUUUAGUAAUCAUAUCAAAUAAUUCUGUGGAGAAACUUCAUUCAAAAUGUGUUCACACAGCACAAUGAAGAUUUCAUUUUUUAUAUUGCUCCAAUUGACAGGUAUUUAUUCAACUCUGGAAGUAAGUUUGGAAAACGACAUCACGAAACAUACAGAUAAUUGGGUGACCAGUAUAUUUACAAGUGGCGAAACUGGACCCAAACAGAUGAUCGAAUUGUAUUACAAUAAGUUUAAUGAAUUUGAAUACAAUAUCAGCAACCAGGAAAACAACGUCUCCACAAAAUACAUCUUCCAAAACAUUAGUAUUGGGACAUUUUUCUGCACUGAUGAUAGUAGUGAUAAUACUGAUGAUAGUGAUAAUAGUGAUAAUACUGAUGAUAGUGAUAAUACUGAUAAUACUGAUAAUACAGUAAUGGUCCAACAAAUCACAUGGAAAUUUUCUGAAAGUAAAAUUAGCGCAUUCUUAGAGGGAUUCCACUUUUACAUUUACGGGGAUGUAAAGAUAAAGACUAGUGUUAGCAACUACGAAAAAUCUUCAAAAAUUGCCAUGUACCCAACGUUCAAAAAUUUCACUUUAACUUCUUUGGCAUCAUAUACAAAAGAUAACGAUUUGAAAAUCACGCACGAUUUUACCUGCACUUCCGUCGACUAUUGGAAGGCAAGCUUAUGGUACGGUGGAAAUCUAACUGCUGAUUGUGAGUAUACAAAACAGCUAGAUCGAGAAAUAAAACAAAUAUUACCGACCAUUUUUCGAAAAAGUCUAAAUAACAGUCAAACUUACAUUACGAGAUUCAACGUCGUCGUUAUCCAAGCGUAUGAACAGCCAAGACAAGAAAUAAUUUCAGUACAUCCGGAUUUCUUGAACAACUCGCAAAAGUAUUACUACCUCAUACCUAAAAUUCCUUUUCUCUGUUUCAUUCUGAAACGUAUCGUUAUCCACGGGCUAUCGAAUUUUGAAUCGUUUAAAACUCGCAGGAGUCUUGAAGAAGACCCUAAAAUUUUCACACACACAUUGCUCAUCAGAAAUAUUCGAGGAAGUAUGACUUUGGAUUAUAGAUCUGAACUAGAAAAAGCUUUAAAAUUGAAUUUCCAAAUAAAUAGCUUCAACUUAACGAAGAAGGAUCGUACAUAUUGCGUUUACGGACACGCGAAAGAUUACACCAUUACUCGAGCAAACACAAACGUCUCGUUGAGUAGUCUUCAGUCAGAGGUGGUUAUGAAUCGACUGCAAUCAGCCCUUGCUUCUGCAUUAUUGAGACUACCAUCAAAGAAAAGUGGACAAUUCGGUGACUUGGAAAUGGCGUUGGAAAAAAUUAAAAUAUCAAAUUCUUCAGAUUGGGAAACAAUAAAGGAAUCGUAUAAAAAAUGGAUCCCAUUUCAUAAUGACGAAGAAGUGAUUGCAAAAAAACCAUUCGUGUAAAACCUUAUUUCAUGAAAAUUCAGAUUUUAUACGAAGAUAUGUUUCAUAAAAUCAGAUCGUCAUGACGAUCAAAGUAAUCACCAAAAUUUCCAAUUAUUCAAAGAUUUUGGUGGACUUAUAUGUAAAUGUAGGUAUUAAAAUGUACCAUAUAAAAAUAAUACAACUCUUUGUCCAAUUUUUUUAAAAAUCGGUUUCAUUAAUAAAAU